GAGACAAUCUAAUAACUAAAAAUAAAUUUUAAAAUAAUUAAUUUAAAAGCUUUUUGUUGGGUUUCGAUAAAUGACUAACAUGAGGGGUGUAGAAUAAGUUUUACUUUACUGCAAACAUAGCUGCCUGUAUUUUUUUUCUAUUCAUCGAUCAUUCUGUUGCAACCCUUCGUGGCAAGUACACCAACAAUCCCCGCAGAAUAUUAUAUUUUAAACCACGCGGUAAAUUAAUAAAUAAAUAAAUUGUAUAUUUAAAAUUAUUAUUUUAAAACUAGAGCUUCUGUAAAUGGAGAUUUAUGUGAAUUAUAUAACUACAUACAGUUUUAAAAUUUUUAAACUAAGUGUAAAAAGUUUUUUAUUUUAUUGAGUGUCAAGUAUCAAACAAAUGGAUAUAAGUGCAUUGGUACCAGCUGGUCUUCAAAAUAGUUUAGAUCAAUCUGUUAUUUCACCAAAUUAUAAUAAAUUAUCAGAAAAUUUACGCAAGUUGACACCAAUCAGUAUACAGUGUGCAUUUUUUUGUGGUGGAUCAAAUUGUAAAUAUGAAAAUUCAAAAGCUUGGCUACCUGUUCAUAUGGCAAUUGAAGGAAUAUUUUCUCACUGGGUGACAGACGAUAUAUUGGCGAUGGCACGGCCUAGCACAGCCCGAAUAAUACAAAAAAAUAUUAUUGAACAAUUUAAAGAAUUAAGUAUAAAAACAAUAAUUAAUUUACAAACACCAGGUGAACAUGGAAGUUGCGGUGGUCCACUCGAUCAAAGUGGUUUUACCUAUGAUCCAUCUGAAUUUAUGAAAAAUAAAAUUUACUUUUACAAUUUUGCAUGGAAAGAUUAUGGCGAUGCAACAACAAGUAAAAUUCUUGACAUGGUCAAAGUCGUUGCAUUUUCAAUUCAAGAGGGUCGUGUUGCUAUACACUGUCAUGCUGGUCUUGGUCGUACAGGUGUUCUAAUAGCCUGUUAUCUAAUUUACAACUAUCGUUGUCGUAGUAGUGAUGUUAUAAGAUAUGUCAGAAUGAAAAGACCAGGUGCAAUACAAACACGUGGACAAAUUAAAUGUAUUCAAGAUUUUGAAUAUUUUAUUCUUCCUCAAAUAACAAUAUUUCCAAUUAACAAAAUUGGUAUUGGUAAAAGAUUAUGUUGUUUAAAAUCAUACAUUAAAAAACAAUGGAAUACACAACAUGGAUAUGAACAACGUACAUUUAAAUAUCUACCAAAAAUUGUUGUUAUUAUUUGUGAAAGAAUAUUAGAACUGUGUGAUUGUCGUGAAGAUAAUUCACCAGCUGAAAUUAAUUAUUUAAACUACGAAUAUCCAUUUACAAAUAAAUUUAUAUCUAAUUCAUUGGAUAUACUUUUAGAAAGAGAUGAAACAAUGAGACAUUCAUUUUCGUGGACUGAAUCACUUUCUGAAUUGUCUUGUGAUUUUUCAAAUACAAGUAGAAGCGAUACUUCUUUAAAAGAUACUUUAGAUGGAAAGAAAAAAUUAAAUGAUGUCAUUUGUUUAUCACCAGAGUCUCCAUCGUGUUCCACAAGUUUUCCAACAUUAGAAGAUUGUGUCGUGGAUGAAGUACUUGAUGAUGGUAUUCAUGAUCAAAAACUUUGUGAAAACAACUGUUACAAAGAGAUACAAUCACAUUUGAAUUUUAAAUUUGUCAUGCAAGAUGAUAAAUUUAAUUUCAUUAAUAUUGAUGAAACAAUAAAAGCUCUACUCUAUGAUCAUGAUAAAUUGACAGAUGAAAAAAAAAUAUAUCUUCAAAGUUAUCAAAUGGAUUUAAAUAAUAAAAGUACAACUUGGCAAAGAUUAGAACUCGAGACUGAUAUUUAUAUUUUGUCAGGUUUAUUAUAUGAAUGGCUAGAAACUCUGAAACAACCUGUUCUAGAUGUUGCAAGUUUAAGUCAAAUUGUAACACGCAGUUCAAAGCCAAAACAAUGCCUACAAAAAUUAGAACCAUGCAGUCGUUAUUUAAUUGAAUAUUUACUACGUUUUAUAUCACGACUUAGACCAAUAUCAAUAGACACGCAAAAUUUAAUUAUUAAACGUAUAAUUGCAUCAAUCACGCAUCAAAAAAUUCGCAUUCGUCAAACUCUCAUGCCUUCUGGAAAAAACUUUCAAAAAUUACGUGGUGGAACAACAGGUAAAUUGAUUGAUUUUUUAACACGUUUUUUAUAUCUAAUUCAAGAAACUAAUACGCAAGAAUUGAGUCAUCGUACUUGGUUUUCUUCUUCCGGUUGGUCAAUAGCAAGUGGUCGUCUUCAUGAUAUCAAGGAUGAUGAUAAUACUAGCUUACAUAUGUAAAUAAAAUUAUGUGAUAGGAUAUAAAAAAAAUUAUAAAGCGUAUUUAAUUUUUUAACUUAAAAAGUUUAAUAAUUUAAAAAUAAAACAAUUUACAUCAA